AUGAACUGGCUUGCGAGAAAUUUCUCCAGAAAGAAAUUUGUCGAACCAUCCACCAUUCACAGAACCAAACUGUCACGUUGUUUGUCCAAGUUGGAUUUGACGUCGCUUGGUGUUGGUUCUACGCUUGGAGCGGGAGUUUACGUACUUACUGGAACUCUAGCUCGAAAUGUCGUUGGUCCAGGGUUGGUUAUUUCUUUUUUCAUUGCUGCUGUGGCAAGCUUGUUGGCCGGACUGUGUUAUGCUGAAUUCGCAGCGCGAGUUCCUCGUGUUGGAUCCGCGUAUGUUUACUGUUACGUUACCAUCGGCGAGCUGUGCGCUUUUAUAAUCGGUUGGAACUUAGUUCUUGAAUACGUAAUAGGAACUUCGUCAGUAGCUCGAGCAUGGAGCUCGUACCUAGACUCUGCUGUGCUCAACGACGCCGUAAAAAAUUUAACAAUGUCCGCACUUAUGAAUCUUGGCGCAGAUAAAGUAAUAUCAAACUAUCCAGACUUCUUGGCAUUUCUUGUAACUCUUGUGAUCACCGGGACAUUAAGCUUUGGCGUGAAGUUGACAAGUGUAACGAACAAUGUCAUGACAGCUAUAAACAUAGCUGUUAUAGUAUUCAUUAUAAUCGCUGGAGCUAACUUUUCCGAGAGCGAGAAUUGGACGGAUGAUUUCUUGCCGUUUGGUUUUCCCGGCGUGCUAGCGGCAUCUGCUUCAGCGUUUUUCGCGUUUGUUGGAUUUGAUUCGAUCGCUACUACUGCUGAGGAGUCAAACAAUCCGUCUAAGGAUGUGCCAAUAGCAACGGUUCUUACUAUCGGUAAGCAUUGCUCUGAUCACUUAAAUUAAAUACCCUGUAUUUUUAAAGACGCAGGAAAAUCAUCUUCUCUGCGCUAAAUAUUAGAACAAAACUUUUGACUACGAGCAAACGGACGCAACAUUGUUGGCCAACAACUCCCACUGACAUAUGUUGGACGUUACAUGUUGUGUCCGUUUGCACAUUCUGUUGUAAUAUGUUGUUGCGAGUUGUUGCGCAAAGUUUGAAACCUGUCCAAAGUUUAGCCAACGUGGAAAAAGUUGCAACAACUCCCAACAAUGUUGCGUCAGUUUUCACGGGGCUUUACCUUGCUUUACGUACACUGAAACGUUUCAAGGCGUUUGCUUAGUGGACCUUAGUUGUACUGAAGAAAAAGAAAAAAAAGCCUCGAGGCUUAUGAACAUUUAGUUUCCGCAGUAGAGGAUUUCCUUUGGUCGACCUUUGCAAACAGAAGCUUAUUUCAUGCGAUACAGAGUCACAAAGUUUAAUUGAAGCAACCAUCAUUAGGUGCAAUACUGUUACUGAGUGUUUCCGUGGACAAAAUCCGGGGAAUGACAGCUUUUUGAGGGUUAGAGAUGUUUAGUUUGACGGUGCUUAUGUCCUGUUUUAUUUCACAUUCACACACUCACAACUGACAUACAUGAAGUCCGUUUCCGCCAGCAAAUAACAGGUGCUAGCUGAGGCGGGCGGAGAUAAAGGGGUACAGUAGUCAGUGAUAAAUUAGAACGGUUAAUUAAAAAUCAAUAAAUGAAUAAAACGUAAACGUGAAUAAAUAACAUUUGCAAAAUGAACCGCUUGUAACAGUUACAUACAGGUAUAUAUAACUGCAAAACUGAAUUAAACUGUUUCUACUGUGGAAUUUGCUAUUUUCUGAAGCACAAUGGGCGUAAUAGUCCUCAGCCUCUAAUGACGAAUAUCUAAUAUCUAAUAAGUUUAGUAUUUUGUUCAAAAUAAAAGCUAUAUUUUAAACUUUUAAGUUUAAAUAACAUGAUCGGCUUAAUAUGGACACCUUCAAUUGCCCCGUCAGUAUUCGUAUUAACAGAGUUUGACUGGAUUAACGUUUUCGUUGCUAGAGUGUGUCCUUCAGUUGGGCGCUUAUUUGAAUAAAUGCAGUAUUUCGGAGCUCAUUGUAUUCUAUAAGUUCUAGUACUUUUUUGUUACGUUGGCUACUGAAAAACUCUCUCUGAACGCGUGUUUUCCGCCCUUGAUUUAUUAAGAGUGAUCAAAACGUUCCUUUAUUUUGAAUAUUGCUAUAUUUCCAAAAAAAAAUCGUUUAAAUGUCUUUUUGUAUAUAAAACCUUGAACAGAGUCAGAAAUGUUAAGAACAAAUGAAAAUAAAUGUUGAUGGUGUUGUUUUUUGUUGCGAGAAACUGGCUACGAAUCAUAUUUCCAUUCGUCAAAGACAUUGACAGAGAUUUUACAAAGUUCUGCAUACGGAAUCGCGAGCAUGUUGUUUUCUUACCAAUCAAAUGACUGACUGUGCCGCUACGUAAUGUCUGCAGUUAAAUAUAAGUUUACAAGGCAAGACACCAAUUUUUCAAAUUUAUAAAAACACAACCUAGUUUUGAAAAAACACGGAUCGAACCUACAGCAACCUGAUUGGUUUUUUGCAAGGAACCAAUCAAACCGCACCAUUUUCGAUCCUCCAAACAAACCAGGGUGGAUAUAUAAACGCUUACCAAAUCAAGCAAUACGGAAUGGUUUAGAGUUCACCUAAACCAUCCCACCACAUAGCAACUGAUGAGAAUCGUAAAAUUCGAAACCGCCGGUCUUGCUUGUAAACUUAUAUUUAGCUGCAGACAUUAUGUAGUGGCACAAAGAAGCCAGUCAAUUGAUUGGUAUAAAAACAACAUGCUAAUGGUAUUGAAAAAUAUCGAGCUUUAAAAUACUCUUUUCUGAUAUUAAAAGUAAUAGUCACAUUUACAAAGCGAUUGAGUUUCAAAGCGACAUUCAAAGGACACAGCAUCAAAAUGUAUUUAAAUCGUGCUUCUACUAAAGACGUGAUAAAUACACAAAACCAGUGUCAGAUCUGGAUAUAUUUAAAGACUACGUGCUGUGUACAGCUGAACAUUGUUCUCUGAUAUCGUGUAAACCUAAACUUUACGGAGAUAUUAAAACCAGAUACCCUAAGAUAACAGCAGCUAUGGAAAAAUUAUUAUAUUUUUGAGUAGACAAAUCUCAUAAACCGGCUACAAAUUCAACAGGAAUACGCGCGAACUGAAUAAAUUGUCUGCUGUACAUUUGAAAGGUUCUGCUCAACUUACACAAUUUUCCCUUGCUGAACAUAAACUGUACCGAGCCGUAUUUUGGUCCGCUAUAUAGAAGCUAUAUCAUCGUUCAAAUUUCAAACUGUAAGAUCCCUGAAAGAGUUCUCCUCAAUGGAGCAAUAUGAAAAAGGUUUUCAAACGUUUCACGCCGGUGAAGAUGUGCGGCCUGUCAACUCUUGCAAGUUUUUACUUCAUUAAGAAUGAUUAAAAGUUCCCUUAACUUGAAAAAUGCUUUUACAGUUUGUAAAGUCGCAAAAAAUGUUUUUCAUAAAAUAAUUUUUUCAACAAAGUCAGAAAUUUUUAGAACAAAAUAUCGAUGGUGUUCAGUUUUUUUCUUUGCAAGAAUCUGGCUACGUAGAAUAUUUCCAUUCAUCAAAGACAUCAUGAGAAAAAUUUUACAAAGUUUUGCAUAUUGAAUCGAGAGCAGAAUGUAUUUGAUUCAAUUGAUUGAACUUGAAAUCUAUGUCACUGUCUCCAAGGAACAGAAACUGACAUAAUGUAUGUUCAGCAGUGAGUCUCACAUAAAAACAUUGAUACAACAGUCUGGAGUGUGAACAUAGCAUGGUAAAUGACAGCAGACAAACCUAUGACGAGAUAUUUAUAAAAAAUUUAAUCUCACUAUGGAUCGGUUUGCAAGAGCGAUCUCCAGGAAGAAGUUUGUUGAUCCAACCACCGCACAGAGGACCAAAUUUUUGCGUUGUCUAACCAAGUUCGAUUUGACAUGCCUAGGGGUUGGUUCAACGCUGGGAGCUGGGGUUUACAUCUUCAUUGGAGUUUUAGCUCGAGAUGUCGCUGGCCCAGGAUUGGUUAUUUCUUUUUUCUUUGCUGCUGUGGCAAGUUUGUUAUCCGGACUGUGUUAUGCUGAAUUCGCAGCGCGAGUUCCUCGUGUUGGAUCGGCAUAUACUUUUAGUUAUGUUACCAUCGGUGAGCUGUGUGCUUUUGUAAUUGGUUGGAACUUAGUUCUUGAGUAUAUCACUGGCGUUUCGUCACCCGCUCGAGCAUGGAGCUCGUGUCUAGACUCUGCUUUGCUCAACAACGCUAUAUCUAAUUUAACAGAGUCCGGGCUCUUAAAACUCGGUGUUGGUAAAGUCAUCGCAAAUCAACUAGACUUCGUAGCAUUUCUUUUCACUUUUGCCAUGACCGCGGCAUUAAGCUUCGGCGUAAAGCUCACAAGUUUUACAAACUGUGCCAUCACAUCUAUAAACUUAGCUGUUAUAUUAUUCAUCAUCAUAGCUGGAGCUACUUUUGCCGAGAGCAAGAACUGGACUAACAAUUUUUUACCGUUCGGGUUUUCUGGCGUGUUAGGGGGGACAGCUUCGUCGUUUUAUGCGUUUGUUGGAUUUGAUGUGAUAGCUAUUUCUGUUGAGGAGUCCCAAAACCCUACUAAGGAUGUGCCAAUAGCAACAGUUCUCACAAUAGGUAAGCAUUUGGGUUAUGUUCACACUCUACCGGACAGCUUUCGCGCCGGCGCGAAAACCAUACCGGACACGGCUUCUGUUGACGCUUACGACGCUGAUUUUGGCGCAAUUUCUGUAACGAAGGGAAGCUGCGCCCUGUCAAUACCUAAAGUGGAGAGUCAUGUAUUGGAUAGGCGUUCAUACGAUACUGGGUAG